GAUUUGGAGAGGGUUCAGUUUUUCGCCAUCAUCCACUGGAUCCAAGCUGUCAUGGCUACUUUGAGCAUCAUGGGGUCGAGCUCAAUUAUCGGCUACACCAUAUUCCAGAACAGCGCCAGGUCCCCCGAGGUGCGGCCUCUUGUCUACCUGAGCCUCUCCGAUCUCUUUCUGGGGUUGUGCUGGCUCACGGGGGCCCUUCUGUAUAGCAGAGAACCCUCCCACCCAAGUGGAGAAGGCAACACUUGCUACAACUUGCAAGCCACCGGACAGAUCUUCUAUGUCGCCUCUUUUCUGUACACAAUUAAUUACACUUGGCAGCUUUACAUGGAUUUGAAAGAGAAAUUCAAGCAGCACUUACACAGCCAGAGGCCGCAGAUGUUGAGCUAUUCAAAUCACCUGGGCCGAAUAGCCAUCAUUUCCUCUAGUCUCAUCCCGGUCCUCCUGAUGGUGCCCGUUUUGGGACUCGGCAACUACUUUCAGUGUUCUCAGAACGUCACCUCAGAACACGGGUGCCUCCUGUUGCACAUGGGAAACGUGCUCAGCGCCAGCUCUCAGCAGGUCACCUGCGCCGCGUUGUGUUUGUACAGCACUGGAGUUUUCCUGGUCUCGUUUGUAGUCAGCUUCCUUGCAAUUCUGAGCUUGCUCAUCCGAGCCAGGACCUUGUACAAGCGGUUUGUGAACUCGAUGGGCUACGUCGGUGAUCAACAGUGGGCGAUGCUGAAGGUGGUCGAGCAAGCCGUGAUUCUGUACCCCGUGGUAUUUUUCUGCUGCUGGGGGCCAGCCUUUAUCCUUGCUAUAGUCAAGCUGGCACGUAUGGACAACGCCAGUGUUUACAUGGCCCUUUAUAUUCUAGAGGCCCUGACCGCAUCUUCCCAGGGGUUCCUGAACUGUGUGGUUUACGGCUGGACUCAGCACAUGUUCCACUGUGUGAAACGCAAGGCUUGCCGUGACGUCAACACCCAGACGCCCCUCCUGCGUUCCCAGAAGAGGUUCUAUGCCAGCACACUCCCAGCCCGUAUCCAGACAGUGGCUAAGCCCCCUUCUCCUUCAACAAUGACAGUGUUAUGAACGGGAAAUGGACCAUUUGGUCUCUCUCCUUCCACCCCUGUCGUGCCACGAGGCUCUUUUCUCAGCAAUGCCAGCUAGACUUUUUAGAUCCUGCACAGAGGAGGUUGAACCCAUGGCCCUGAAGCUAGCUCAUUCACAGCCUCUCUGAGAAAAUAUGGCUGUCAAAACGAGUCAGUGGCAGAUGGGUGAACUUAAAGAGAGAGCUUGGAAGAACUUUGAGAGAAUUAAAGUGCAAUUGGGCAAGAAGAAACUGAAAGACUCUUUAAAUUUAAAUAAUCACUAUUUAUUUGAGGGAAAUGAAAAUUGGAUAGGGUGGAGAGGACUGACUUUUUAGAUUGUAUCAUAUUUUCCCCAUGAGACAGUUUUCCCAGGAUUUCCCAAAGAACAGGACACAGCAUCACUGAGAUCUGGAAUGGCUGCAGUGUGGUGUGACCACCCUGGAAAUUAUCCUUUUAUUUCAGUGCUGCUGGUGGAAUAUUUUACAGCUUCCUGCCAAACAGUAAAACA